AUGCCGCAGAGAUCGGCCAGUACCCGCACUGGGCUGGAGGAUCAAGAAGAGGGCGAUCUAAGUCGGUACUUCAAUUCAGCCAUGAAGAAGUACGAGGUGGAUCAACGUACAGCUCAGCGAAUGAAUCGACAGCCAAACCGCUACCCAGAUCGACGUACUUUGCUCCAACCUUCACACAAAAGCCUUGACAUGCCGGAUGUGGAGAUGGAGUCGGUGGGGUCGGACAUUUACCAACAUAUCCAUGAGGCGGCGGAAUACGACCCGGAUGAUCUAUGGAUGCCCGAACCACGGCGCCCUCAUGUAGCCGCGACCGGUGCGACUACCGGAGGGGGAAGCAUCACGCAUAGGAUCAGAAUCUCAGCGAUUUCUGAGCUGAAAGAAUUAUCAGGGAAGGAUCGGGAAGAAGACAAAGCACGGACCUGGAUCGGCAAAGUGAAAUCAGCGUUUAUCCGGGACCAAGCACCGGACGAGGAGAGAUGUCUGGUCUUCGGUGAUCUCAUGGUGGGCCCAGCCCGCUACUGGUACCGACAGCUGAGUAGAUCGACGAGAUUCAAUUGGAAAGAAUUGAUGAACAGUUUCCUUGUGGAGUAUGCGGGACACGGGAUGUCCGCGAGCAGGCAAUACUACCAUGCAAAGAAACGAUCGGAGGAAGAUCCUUUACAGUACCUGUAUCGGCUUAAUGUGGUGGGAAUGCAGGCGAAGAUACCGGUGAUGACUGGAUUGCCAGCUGCGCGCAAGGAACAUGUCAAUCAUUUCAUUGACACCUUGGACGACCCCGAUCUGUCCAAUCAAUUGCUACUGCUGAAUGUAGAAGACGCGGAGGCCAUGCAAAAGGCACUGCACGGAUAUCAACAAGGGAGAUCGCGUCAAGGGAAAGUGAUGAUGGGAUCGUCCAAAUUCAGGCAGAAGGGAACUCAGGGUCCAGCGCUGUCUAAGCCUGCACGAGCGGUGUUGACGGUCAUCGGUUUUCUACCAGUAUUGGUAACCGUGACCGAUCCAAUCCGAACCGCCUGUUCAGCUUAG